CACAGGCGCAGAGCUCUUGCCUCCUCUGCCUUCCUCCUACCUGCCCGCCGCCGCCUACUGGGCGGCGCCGCUACCCCCGUAUCCGCCCGCGCCGGAUGCUCCUCCGCCGUGCCGCCGCCGUAGCAGCGCAGCGCUCACCUCGGGUCUCCCACUCGCGAGCUCUCAGCCGGCACGUAGGCCCCUCCCGCCCUUAUAGCGCCACCACCCCCACCUCCCCUCCACACCGGCGCAGCCGCCGCCGCACACCGCAGGUUUCAUACGGCGCCCUCGCUACCACCGCUGCGCCCCGACCGUUCCCGGACUACUUCCCGCCCCGACCCGACUCGCCGUCCGACGAUGCCCUCGCGCGCCGCCUCGCCGCGGCGCUUCUCGCCUCACCCAAUCCACGCUCCCUCCCUCCUCUCCCCUUCACCGCCCUCCUCCGUCCGCUCCACCUCCUCCUCGCUCUCCCGCUGCUCGCCUCCCACCCCAACCUCACCAGCCUCCUCGUCCCGCUCCUCCUGCUCUUCCCCUCCAGACCGCACCCCCAUCCCCACCUCAUCCAAUGCUUCGCCAUUGCUGCCCAUCUCGCCGUCCGUGACCGCAGCACCGCGCGGGCUAUCCUCGUACGCGCCCUUCGCUUCCCUUCCCCUCACCGGCAUUUCGUCGAGCAAUUCAUCUUCACGUACAAGGCCUUCUCCUCUGACCCCGUCUCCUUCGACCUCCUUAUCCUGUGUCUCCCCUCUGCCCCCCUACUCCGGCGGAUCCGCCAGUACGGUCUAUCCCCAUCUCCGGAAUCAUGUAACGCUGUGCUCUCCCGCCUUCCCCUUGAGGAAGCGAUCGAGUUCUUCCAAGAACUCCCUGACAAGAACACCUCCUCCCACAAUAUACUCCUCAACGUGUUGUGCAGUGCAGGCCGGCUCAAGGAUGCACGUCAACUGUUUGAUGAAAUGUCGUUGCCACCGGAUGUUGUCACGUAUGGCACUAUGAUCCAUGGCUACUGCGUUCAUGGUGAUAUGGAGAAUGCAGUGAAGCUGUUGGAUGAAAUGGCAGUAAAGGGGUUGGAAUCAAACACGAUAGCAUAUACAAGUGUCAUCGCACUGUUGUGCGAUGAAGGACAGGUUUCAGAUGCUUUGAGGGUGGUAGAGGAUAUGGUGAUGCAUGGGGUGGCAUUGGACGCAGUGGUGUUCACAACUAUAAUGAGUGGAUUUUGUAGCAAGGGUGAUUUGGCAGCUGCGAGAAGGUGGUUCGAAGAGAUGCAGAAGAGAGGAUUGGCAGCUGACGGGGUGACGUAUACUGCCUUGAUCAAUGGGCUUUGUCAGGCCGGGGAGUUGAAAGAGGCAGAAAGAGUACUUGGGGAGAUGGUGGACAAGCGGUUGGAUGUUGAUGUGGUCACAUAUACAGUGCUCAUUGACGGAUACUGUAAGAGAGGGAACAUGGUGGAGGCCUUUCGGGUUCACAAUGAAAUGGUGCAGAGACGAGUGACACCGAAUGUGGUGACAUACACGGCUCUGUCGGAUGGACUCUGCAAGCUGGGGGAUGUGCAGGCCGCUAAUGAGCUAUUGCACGAGAUGUGCAACAAGGGGUUAGAGCUGAAUGUUUAUACAUACAACUCCCUGAUCAAUGGCCUUUGCAAGUUUGGCAAUAUGGAGCAGGCCAUGAGGAUCAUGACAGAAAUGGAAGCAGCAGGCCUUAAACCGGAUGUUUACACAUACACAACUCUUAUAGAUGCGCUCUGCAAGUCAGGAGAGUUUGACAGGGCUCACAGUCUGUUACAGGAGAUGUUAGAUAAAGGAAUUAAGCCUAGUAUUGCGACUUACAAUGUUCUAAUGAAUGGUUUUUGCAUGUCGGGUAGGGUAGAAGGAGGAAAAAGGUUGCUAGAGUGGAUGCUGGAGAAGAACAUCCGGCCAAAUGUUGUAACUUAUAAUUCUCUUAUGAAGCAGUACUGCAUUGACAAGAACAUGAAAUCUACCACUGAGAUUUACAAGGGUAUGCAUGCUCAGGAGGUGGCACCGAAUGAGAACACAUACAAUAUAUUGAUCAAGGGGCACUGCAAGGCAAGAAAUAUGAAAGAGGCACUGUAUUUCCAUAACGAAAUGACACAGAAGGGAUUUAGACUUACUGCAAGCUCGUAUAGUGCUCUUAUAAGAUUGCUGAACAAAAAAAAGAAGUUUGUUGAGGCAAGAGGGUUAUUUGAUGAGAUGAGAAAGGAGGGUUUGACAGCUGAACCAGAUGUAUAUAAUUUUUAUAUAGAUCUCGAUUUUAACGAGGAUAAUUUGGAGUCAACCAUUGCACUUUGUGAUGAACUGGUUGAAACCAUUCUUGUGAAAUCUAAAUCUGAUGCAAACUAAGACUUUGCAAAGGAGCAUAUACAUUAGUCGCAAUAUCUUGCCAGGUGAUAGGAAUGACAUCCUAGUUUGUCCAGAAUUGACAGUAUGUGAGACGAACACGGAUUCAGGGCACUGAACUAACAAUUGAGGAGAGACAGUUUUUCCCUUCAUAAAUUGUCCUUUUUCCUAGCAGCAGGACAAUGAUCUAUGGUCAGGCCACCAACGAGUGAAUAAAUCAUCUUUAGGGGAGUGUGCAGGGCUUAAUCCAAUUGGUAAGCAACUGCUGCUGAUGCUGCAUAGAAAGAUGGACCAAAUCACCGGGAAGAGAUGGAGAAGCUAAGACAAUAAGCAUCUGUUGGGUGCACCCAUGAAGUUGGAAAGGAAGGAUGACUUCAUGGAUAACCCUCCUGGAGGUUAACAUCAAGAUUUGUGGUCUUUGUCCUUCCCAUUACUUCGAAAACUAGAUGUGAUGCUUUGUUUUAACACUGCAAUACUGCAUCCCUUAAUCAACAUUGAAGAUGACAGGACCCCAGCUCUGCGUAAUUGGCCACUGGAUCCAGUCUCCAUCUUUGCCACAUUGGUGAAAUAAUAGAACUUGGGAGAUUACUCAAGGUUCUUUGAGAUGCAUAAAGUGCUGAGCAAGUUGGGUUAGCUGCUAGCAUCAGGAUAGUAUUGAUAUAUGCAGGAGACAAUUAUACUGUAAGAAAUUUUUUGAUUGGGUAACAUUGUACAGAAGUUCUCUGUCAUGUACCAUAGAGAAAGUAACAAGGGGAAAAGAAAAUACGAAGCUACUCAGUGGAUGCAACAUGUAUGUGCCUGCCUGCCUAUGUUUGUAGUCAUUAAGUGGCUUCUGCUAAAGGCUACUUUGAACCA